AUCAUGUCUAAUAUUGAAUCAUUAGUGAAUGAUAUUAAAGUGGAUAAGUUAUUUAAAGUGGUAACCAAUGGACGCCAGCAGUACGUUUGUUUAACUAAGACAUAUUUGAAAGUCUUUAUUAUUGAAGUUACCAACGGGAACGAUUUAUGGCUAAUAAAUUUAGAUGACAGCAACAUUGAAGAGUUAAUUGAGCUGAAUGAUGUGGCAUCGGUGGAUACAUUUUUACAAAUAAUAAGAAAUGGCUUUUCAUCCAGUGGCACCAUUUCACUUGCCUGCAUUGGAAACAAGAUGCAACUAACUUUUGUCAAAGAUACCUCAUCUGUUACCUUAGAUUUAUUUGAACCAAAAGCAUCAGAAAAGAAAUUAGAAUUACAGUCUGUGGUUUUAUCCUUAGCCAUGCGUGUGUCACAAUUGGAAACAGAACUUUCCAAUGCCAAUGAUCAAAUCAAAGUUUUCAAAGAUCAGAAAAGUUCAAUAACUUCCAUGAUGGCAUCGAGUCCAGCAAAAAACUCUAUUACUGCUAAGGCCAAAGGGACUAAAGUUGGCAUGAGUGUUGUCAAUCCAUCAAGCAGGAAGAGAAAAGCUGCAGCUGGUGUUGUGUUUGAUACAAAUUAGUUUCACUUUCAUUGUAGCAAAUGUUUUUUACUUAAUUUUACUUAAUUUUUUAAAUAUAUUUGUUGUUAAUAAUCAACAGGUGAGCGAAUGUUAAACAUAUAUAAAGAAGUUAAACAUAUAAAGAAAUUGAUUUCUUAUUUGGUUGUUAGGACUCAAAAUGGUUAUAAUUUAAGAAUCUGAUUGGAAAUAAAGUUGCACACUACACUUUUUAAAAUUAUCUGUACAAAAGUUUUUUUUUAAUUUAUUACUAACCAAUGAAUUAAAGUAAGACUGAUCAUUGAUUUGGUUCUUUUGUGAAUGACCUCAAGAGUUUUGCUGUGAUCCAAUAGGUCAUUAUUUUGGUCAUGAGGGACUCAUUAGUCUUGGCUGACUACAUACCUAGGAUACCUGAAUCCAAACCUCUACCGCCUUACAGCUCUACCUAGGAUACCUGAAUCCAAACCUCUACCGCCUUACAGCUCUACCUAGGAUACCUGAAUCCAAACCUCUACCGCCUUACAGCUAUACCUAAACAAGGGAAAGGCUUGGGAAGUCAACCCAUGUGAAAAUCAGGAGCCUUUACACAGUACAGAGUGAUACACCUUGGCACAACCUGCAGCCCAGCAGUGUAUGGGAUACCUGCCAUUCUUUUGGACGCAUCAGCUGCAUGAAAAGGGGGGGGGGGAAUACUGUUUGGACAACCAUAGCUUUCAUCCGAUUUUUUUAGAUGAUUAAUAAUAAUAAUUAAACUGGAGCAUACCAAAAUUAGGUAACUACAAUUUUUAAGUUCUACAGUUGUAUUUUUAGCUUAAGAUAAAAGUUCACAUAUUGAGUUAUAUAUAUAUAUAUAUAUAUAUAUAUAUAUAUAUAUAUAUAUACAUUUAUACAAUAGGGCCUGCUGGUAUUUAGUAAUAAUGAUUUUAUUAUUAGAUUAGAAUAUAUCCUUAAUAACAAAGAAUUGUAUAGACCUUAUAAAAUGCAAAGAAAAUUAUGGCUGUAAUUAUUUGAACAUAUUAUUUUUCAGUUUUUCAUAAAUAUGUAUGUAAAUAUGUAUAGAUAUACCAGUAUAUAUAUCUAUGUUUGCUUGUAAAUGAUUGAAAAAAAAAAGUUUAUUUAUUAGCAUUCUAGAUUGUCAUGGCUAUUUGUGAAGUCUAUGGCUGUGAAUAUGAAAUGUAUGCAUAUUUUUAUGUCCACUAUAAAAUGGAAUUUCAUUGUUAUUUACUGGUUCUAAAAUAUUGAAAUUUUUAACAAAGGAUAACAUCAACAAAUAAAAAAAAUUAUUACAUUU